AUGGUUUUUUUUCAUGAGAGUAUACUUUCACCUCAUUUAGUAAUUCUUUUAUUCAAUCGAUCAUUACAGUGUCCUAAAUCCCCUCCACAUAUAAACAAUUAUACAUUCGAUAUUCAUCCUCCUAAUUCAUCCAAUCAUCAACAUAUCGAUUUGAAGUCAUCACACCACCAGCCAUCCCCUUCAUCAUCAUCAUUAUCUCCAUUACUCAGGAAUAAACGUUUAAGUGAUGCUUCACAUUCACCACCGCAUAUAAUUCCAGAUUUACCAAAUUUAUUAAGAUUUUUCGAUCGUACUGGUCUGCAAGUCCUAUGUCGUGCUUCGGGUAAUCCACCGCCUCAAAUUCGUUGGUUCUCUUUGCCAACAAAUGGUGGUCGACCAACAACUACAAAAACAACUAGUGUAGAUCGUUUAUUUAGUAACGGGGAGAGUGGCAGUGGUAGUUCAACUAUUGCUCCAUCCGCUUCAUCCUCGUCGUCAUCUGGUUAUGAUACGGUUGCUGUGAAUUAUAAUACAAUCGAAUUUCAAAAUGAUGAAAAUUAUAUCAGUGAACUUGGCUAUAGUAGUCGUGUCAGAGAAACACCUCAAGCAGAUUAUCAUCAAGAAAUGUCAUCUUCAUCAAUGGAAAAUCUUGGAUCAUCAUCAUCAUCAUCAACUAGUCAACAACAGGCUACAAUGAAUGGUACUACUGGGACUGGGACUGGUACUUCUUCGUCUUCUACAUCCAGUACUGUUACGUCGAAUAUGAAUACAAAUAAUCAUUAUAGCCAGGAUAAUAUUAUUAAACACAAUGCAAAUAAUAAUCAUCAUAAUCAUAAUAAUCAAAUUCUUGUUGGUAAUGGUUGGCUUAAUUUCACAGCGACACGUUCAUCCACAAUGCGUAUGGUAUUUUUUUGUCAAGCUGAAAAUUAUCUCGGACAAGCUCGAUCACGGAAAAUGGUGAUACAUCAAGUUCCAAUGCCAGAUGAAAAUUUAAAAAUUAUCUAUAAUACAUUCCCAAUUAAACCAAGACAAAAAGCUGUUAUCAGUUGUCAACCGGAACAGGGUAUAUUUAAUCGAUUUUUAAAAGUCAAAUAUUGGGAAGUAUAUAUGAAUAAGACAUUAAUUUCCACCAUUGAUCAUUCAUAUGGUCGUUUCAGUAUGAUCAAUGUAACUAAACAUCCAGAAUUACAUAUUCGAUCAAUUACUGAAGCUGAACUCACAUCUAUGGAAGUUCGUUGUGUUCUUCAAUCAAUUGUAGAUGAAUCAGUCACUGUGGAACGUCCAGAACGUGGUCGACUACAACGAUUGCAGUUUCGUUUUUCCUAUGCUGAACUACGUAGUGUCGGUAAUGAGAUCAAUAUUCUACGUGGUUCUACAAUUGAAUUACCUUGGGCUGUAGAAGGUGAAGGUCGUACACAAGUGGAUUGGUAUUAUUUAAAUGAAGCAAGUCGUGUAAGACAAGCUAUAGCAUUGGAUUCAUCAAUCAGUAGCGCUACCUCUAGUGGCAGCAGUGGUAGCGGUAGUAGUAGUACUGGUAAUUCCGGUUCAGCACUGACAUCGGCGUCAGCGUCAUCGUCAGCCAUAUCAAAUUCUUCAUCUGGUAGUAGUAGUAGUAGUAGCAGCGGUACCGUUGGUCGUCGACAAAUCAAUGAAUUGCCAUGGGGUACCAAAUAUGAAUUAGUUGAUGGUGCCUAUGGGAAUUUACGAUUAAUUAAUUUAUCAGUCAGUGAUUCUGGACAUUAUAUUGCUGAAUCGGUACAUUUAGGUCGGUCAUUACGAAUUAAAUAUACGAUACGUGUUAGAGCUCCACUUGGUGUAAAAAUCACACCUAACCGUCGUACAGUCGAUUGGGGUAGUCGUGUUGAGUUAACAUGUGAAGUGACAGGACAUCCACGUCAAUUAAUCUAUUGGUUGCAUAAUUCACGCCUAGUACCAAGACGUCAUCAUGUUCGUCAUAUUCCGUCAACAACAACAUCGACAUCGACAACAACACCGACAACAGCCUCUUCGUCAUCAUCAGCGUCGGCAUCAUCCUCAUCGGAUGUGAAUCCGUUGCAUUCCAUUUCAGAAAGAUUAAUCAUUGAAGCAUUUAGUCUAGACGAUAUCGGUGUAUAUCAAUGUAUUGUCGAGAAUGGUCAUCCAUCGGAUCGAUUCAAUUUGAAUUUGAACGAACGUCAAUCUGCAGAUGAUACAAUGUUUGCUUAUUAUGCUAAUAGUAUUCCAUUAUCCACGAUGUUCAUUAAUUCACAGUCGGCUAACACUUACAAUCAUUCCAAGGCAUUGAAAUCUAAUAUCGAUCCAUCGAAUGGGGCAGCCGCAGCAGCCGCAUCCGCAUCAACAACCACAUCCACAACCACCACAACAACAACGAAUACAAUCAUUUCUAAUUUAGAACGUACAGUCUCAGAUUUAAUUGAUAAUGCACAAGCCACUGCAUUAUUAAUGAUGGGUAAAAUGCGUCCUAUGUUAACAUGGCAAAAUCCUGUCAUUGAAUUAGGAUCUAGUAAUGCUGCUGGUCAAGUAUUUUUAUCAUUGCAUUUAGGCAAUACAGAAUCAUUGUUACAAUGUAAAUUUGCUGCGAAUCCCUCGCCAAAUAUUAUAUGGUAUCGUGAUGAUCAACCAAUUGUAUUUCCUUCUAAUUCCAUGGAUCACAAUGCACGUAAUGUUGAUGACGAUGAUGAUAACGGUGAUAAGGAUAAUGAGAAUGAGAAUGAGAAUGAUGUCAGUAAUAAUCAUUCCAAUGUGCUGUCUAGUCAAGUAAUAUUAGAUGAAGGCAUAGCAUGUACUACAAUUACACGACUUAUGAUUAAUAUUCGUAAAUUACAAAAUUUAGAUGAUAUGUGGACAUACGGUGGAGAAUAUCGUGCAGUAGCUGAAAAUUCUUAUGGUCAAGCAGAUUGUCGAACUUAUGUUCUCAUGGAUACACCACUUCGUCUACGUCCUAUGGAUGUUGGUAAACCAGCUAUCGCUGGUCGAGCUUAUACACUGAAAUGUUAUUUUAUUGGAAGUGGUAUACCUACACUUCAAUGGCAUCGUAUAAAAAAUGGUCGUGAUAUACGUCGUAUACCAGUAGAUCAUCGGCAUCAACUGCUAGAAAAUGGACGUGUACUGCGAAUAACUGAAGUUAACCAAGAAGAAGAUGAAGCUGAUUAUCGUUGUACCGCGAGUUUAGGUGAUGCGACAGUGAAUACUACUGUAUCAUUGAAAGUUUCACAUGCUCCACGUCUAUUUGAAUUACCACAAACACGACAAGUGAAAGAUGGACAUGAUAUGCUGUCGUAUAGUUGUGCAUUACAAAAUCGUGCAGAUAAACCAUGGUAUGCAUGGUGGGAAUUUCAACGUGAAGGUACCAAUGCCAUAGUACCAUUGCCUCCGUUUAAAAAGAAUGCCUAUGAUGGUUUUUCAGUUUCUUAUGUGGUUUCAGAGAAUGAUGCUACACCGUGGCGUUUACCGGAUAGUUUACGUGAUCGUAUUCCAUCAUUUGUACACACUGAACCAAAUUCCGCUGUACAUGUUAGUGUCAAUGAAUUACGCAAAGAUCAACAUCAUGGCAAUUUAACAUGUGUUGUUAUGAAUGAAGUUGGCGUUGAUCGGCAAUCAAUUCGUGUCACUUUUAUACCUGAAUUGGAAUUCGCAAUUCGACCACCGAAUAAUCAAGAUGUCACACUUGGACAAACCAUAUCCAUUGAUUGUGCUGCCAAACCAUCUGAUUUACAACCAAUUGUUGAAUGGAAAUAUUUACAGAAAACUACUGGUUCUUAUGUUAGUGUCACUCAAUUAUCUGAAGUAACCAAUGGACGUAUUGGCCAACUACCGAAUGGUACAUUAUUACUAUCCAAUGUUGAUGAAUCAGAUCCAAGAGAAUUUUUAUGUUUUCUUAAACCAGGUAGAUUAUCAACUGCUGCACAACGUAGUUCAGCAGUUAAUUUAGAAGUACAUAUACCUGCACGUAUUGAUCCAUUGGAUGCCGUGGAAAAAGUUCGUGGUUCACGAUUCAAUUUAACUUGUAGUGUACAUGGUGAUCCGGAAGAUUUAAAAGCAUCUUGGUAUUAUCGUUUAUCACCGAAAUCACGUUGGCAAAUUAUUGAUAAACCAUGUGUUGUACCAUUGGCUUACAUUGAGAAUGGUUCUCGUAGUAGUAGCGGUGCUGCUGCACAACGUCACAAUGAUGGUGUCACAUUGGAUUCUUCUGAAAUUGAUGAUAGUACUAAUAGUAAUAAUAAUAAUAGAAUAUAUUCUGAUCUUCAAGAUUUAUCAUAUGAUACUUCAGACAAAUCCUCUUCUUCGACGUCAUCAUUAUCAUCUACCGAAACCAACAAAGAUUGGACUCCUAGUUUAGCGGAUUGUCAAAGUUAUGCAACUGAAGGUUUAGAAAGUGGUAUAUUAUUUCGUCAAAUUUCAUUUUUUAAACCAAAUAAACGUGGUUUAGAUAAACAAUUACAACUUUUAAAUUUAAAAGAAAUUCAUAUGGGUGAAUAUUUAUGUAAAGCAUCAAAUAAAUACAACUAUAAUUCAUUUGGUCAACUUAUUGAAGUGGAAGCAUUUGUACAAUUAACUGUUAUUUCUGUACCGGAUUCUGUUCAAUUUGUUUAUAAUAGUUCGAGAACUACCGCUACAAGUGUCUCAUUCGCAUGGUUGCCACCGUUACGUGAUGGUAAUAAACCGAUACGUCAAUAUCGAAUUCGUUAUUCACAUUCUGAGCCAAGUGUUGUUGUCAAUAGUCCAGUGUCAUCGAUACAACAGCCUAAUGUUACAGAGAUUGAUGUUUCAGCUAAUCAACAUCACAUUGAAUUGAAUAAUCUUCGACCAUAUACAAAAUAUCAUAUAACUGUAGCUGCAAUCAACGAUGUUGGACCAAGUGUGGAAAAUGCUCUUGCACUUACUACUCAAGAAGCGAAACCCGAUGGUCCAGUUCGUCGUCUAAUAGCUAAUGGAACUGCCUCAGAUACAAUUAUACAUUCUAGAUUGGAGAGAAUCCAAGCAGUUUGGGAACAAUCAUUUUAUUAG